CUGCGCCACACUUCCCCCAUAAGUAUGCGUCGACAGCUGGCGCUUAUCCUCCAGCGAUUCGUUUUCCUUCUUCUCGUCUGCACAUAGUCAUCCGUUCGUCUCUUUCUUCGUUCUUCACGUACCUAGUUCGUUCCUUUGGCGCUCUCGCCCCCUCUGUUGCUCUUUUCUCACCCUUAUCCACGUUCUUUCGCCGCGACGCGCCCUAGACUCCCCGCCGGGCCACGUUCUCCCGCGCCGCCGCGUCUCUUGUUCAUUCUUCCCCUUUCGUCCCCGUCUUUUCUUCCUUCGAUAGCACUUGUCAUGCCGGACAUGUCAACGCUCCAGCUCACCUCGCGCCUCUCAAGAGAAGGCUCGUUCGCCGCCUCGGGAAGCGCCCCGCACGCACCAUCACGUUCGCACACGAUCUCGCGCCCUUCGCACCGCGCAUCGGACACACCGGCGGCAGAUCUUAAGCGCCACAAGAGCCUCUGGUGCACUGAGCCCAAGGGCAUCGUCAUCCGCGCGCAGAACUGGAUUUUCCGCGUACCCGAGGGAAGACUGAGGAGGAUGGCGUUGAUGUUUCCGAUGCGGGAGGAGGGAAGGUGGAGCACCUUCGAAGGGAGCCCGAUGAUCGAACUACCCCAUUCCUGCACCGACGUCGAGCUCUUCCUUUUCGCGCUCUUCAACGAGGAAUCCCUUGACGACCUCUCCUGCCUCCCUCUGUCCGACUUCUAUGCGUACCGCAUGUCCGCGGGCAUCCUGAAGCUCAGCGGCAUCUAUCACGCCCCGCCCUGGCGCAAAUACGCGCUACAACUCCUCGCGCCCAUGUUCCCUACCACGUUGGACGACCUCGACGAGCUGUACACCCCCUCCCGAGCACUGGACCUGUCGGCAGCGCAGGUUACGAGUCGUUUCGUCGUCGACGCCGCGCGGGCUGCGCGGGCGCGGUGGCUCCUGCCGUCCGCGACGCUCUACCUGUUAUCCGAGAGCUUGCGCGACAACGGCACGCGUAGCCAGCUGCGCGCCGAUGAAUUCACGAUGCGCGACAGGUACACGACGCUGUGGACUAGAUGGCUCGACUGCAUGUGCGCGCCGCCGCCCCGGGAGUGCGACUGCGCGACCGGAAGAUGCGAUGCGAGACUGGCCGACUUCGCAGAGACGAUGCGCACUGACAAGAACUACGCCUUUUCAAUGGACGUCAUGCUGAGGCAGUCGUGCCGCGUGGAGAAGCGUAUGUGCCACAGGUGCAAGUCGGGCUUUCGUGAUAGGUAUGACAGCCUUCGGCAGUGGUUCUGGGAUUUGAUGCCUGCGGUUUGCGGGGUGGACGCGCCGUGGGCGGAGCUCGCGCGGGAUAUGCGAAGGGAUACGCUGGAGGGUACCCUUGCAUGAUCAUGCCCGGUGGGGUUAUGUCUUUCUAUUUAUUGUGAUGAUCCUUACGAUGGAUUGGUAGAUAGAGUGGAUGUACGAGUAUCCGCUCUUGCGGUUGUUUCAUGCUGUAAUGUCUGUACUGUAUCUCAAAACGCGAUGACUAGGCGUCGUUGCCUUUCGCCGCGCUCGGGUUGAGGGGAAAAGCGUUCAAGACGACAUCCUCGGGACGAAGUAAGCAGUCGACGAGUCUGAAUUGAGGUACAUCUCGAAGGUAUGUCUUCGCGCAGUGUGAAGCAGACACGCAGGUGAAAGG